AUGGCACGCCGCUCACCCUCAGCGCACACUCAGGGAUGGAUACAAAAAUGGCUCUGCGUGCUGCACUGCUCUAUCAGCCUGGGCCCCCUGUGUGCCGAUGGAGCCCGCCUACGCUGUGGCUCCGAGCUCCUAGGGGACCUGAUCUUCGUGUGUGGGGACCGUGGCAUCUACUUAGGGAAGCGUGGCUGGUCUGGGUACGGCCCACGGCCCCGGGGCAGAGGCAUAGUAGACCAGUGCUGCCUGGGCCCCGGCUGUGACCUGCAUCACUUAGAGAAGUACUGUGCCAAAGCCAAGGACCUCUCCACCACCACCACCAGCAGCAGCACACAGGCACCCACAGCGGAGCAGCAGUUCCAGGCCCUGUUCCAGAAAAAGCUGGUGGAGAGGUUGGGGGUCCCUGGGAGCCCGCACAGAGAUGCCUACAGAAAGAGCUCAAAGCCCUCAGAGCACAGGCCCCUGACAACUCCUCACAGAAGGACUAGAAUGAGGGGCUCCACGGGCUAUCCAUCUGCGGAUCCCAGUAGCUCCACAAAUUCAUGA